AGUGUGACAAACCUAAAGCUUUUCUUUAAAUAAUUAUUUUAGUUUAUUCCGUCAUACUAAAAUAAAUACUAACUUAUUUCAAAAUGAAAAAUUUAACAUUUUCGUUCUUCAUUCUUUUUCUUUUGGGUUCUCACAGCAAUGCUAUUGAAAUAGACUAUUGUGUGGGAGACCCAAGCCUUCCAAGAGGACCACAAGGUUAUGGUUGUAAAGAUUCAAGUACACUUACAGUUGAUGAUUUUAUUUUUACUGGAUUUCGUGGUAAAAAAUCCAUCACUAAUAUUUUCCAAAACAAUAUUACUACUGCAACAGUAAUAGAAUACCCAGCCUUAAACGGGCAAGGUAUUUCCAUGGCUAGAUUAGAUUUUGGUGUAGGUGGAGUUAUCCCUGUACAUUCUCACCGAACUUCUGAAAUCAUCGUUGUUGUAAAGGGUACAAUAAUUGCAGGUUUUAUUGAUACAAAUAACACGGCAUAUUAUAAAACAUUAGAGGUUGGUGAUGUCAUGAUUUUUCCUCAAAGCAUGCUUCACUUCCAGGUUAAUGUUGGUAGAACAGUAGCCACCGCAUAUGUUAGCUUAAAUGGUGCAAAUCCAGCUGUACAACUAACUCCUCCUUCGCUAUUUGCUGGAAAUUUACCUGCUGAAUUAGCUUCACAAAUUACUCUUUUAAGUCGCAAAGAAGUAAUGCGAAUGAAGAGACUAUUUGGCACAGCUUAAUACAUGAUUCCAUGAAUACUUUUACAAGUAUGAUUUAUCAAAGUUUAUGAUUAUAUGAUUCUAUGAGUAAGCAAUAAAUGUAUUUGCCGAUUGAUGUUUUUUCUAUGUAGUUCUCUUAUUGUUGUUUAAACUUGAAUUAGUUACCAAUGAAAAUAAUUAAUUGUAUGUUUCUCAUCAUAAUUUCACAUAUACUUUAAAAAAUUGGCAAGAAUUACCAUUGUUAAUUAU